UACAGCCCCUGGUUUAGUAUUGUCUUCCGGAUCAUAGAGUUGUGAGACGUUGCUAGAGCUGACCAGCCCUGGCUGUCUUUUCAGCUUCCGGGUGCAGGAUCCGUACCUGGCUGUGAGAGGAGGUUGCACUUACUGGAUUGACACUCAGACCGGGGAGUUGCUGUGGAUACCGGAACUGCAGGAGAGACCACCAGGGCGGAAGCAGGAACUCACAAUGUCUGAAGACUCCCCAAGAAGCACAGCAGCUGAAAUAGCCGUGACCAGCAAUGGAGCAGUUGAUGAUACAAUAGAGCACAGUUAUAAUUCGGACUUAAAGCGGUCAAUACAAGCUGGACUUGGCCUUUCAGAAACCCAGAUCACCUCUCAUGGCUUUGAUGGCAAUAAAGAAGGAAUCAUUGAAGCUGGCUCUUUUCAAGGUUCCUUCUCCACAGCUAGGUCUCCAGUAGUAUUACCUAGCAGUACUGCAGCUAGUAGAUUGGCUGGUCAAGGAAGUGAUUUUAUUGCUCCUUCAGCAGAACGAGAGAGGACACAGCAGAAAAGUGGACCCAUUGUUCUGGCAGAAGACCCAAGAAGCACAGCUAUUGAAAAGUUUGAACUUGUAAGAAGAUGGAGUUUAAAUACAUACAAGUGCACCCGCCAGAUCAUCUCGGAAAAGUUAGGUCGUGGCUCCAGAACAGUCGACCUGGAGCUUGAAGCUCAAAUAGAAAUUCUUCGAGAUAACAAAAAGAAGUAUGAAAAUGUACUGAAGUUGGCACAGACGCUCUCUUCACAGCUCUAUCAGAUGGUGCAGACCCAGAGGCAGAUGGGAGAUGCUUUUGCAGACCUCAGCUUGAAGUCUUUAGAGCUACAUGAGGAAUUUGGGUACAAUGCAGAUACUCAGAAGCUUCUGGCCAAGAAUGGAGAAACUCUUCUUGGGGCCAUCAACUUUUUCAUCUCUAGUGUAAACACAUUAGUUAACAAAACAAUUGAAGAUACACUGGUUACAGUGAAGCAUUAUGAAACAGCAAGAAUUGAAUAUGAUGCAUACCGCACAGACUUGGAGGAGCUAAAUUUGGGACCACGUGAUGCCACAACAAUGCCUAAGAUUGAACAGUCACAUCAACUUUUCCAAACACACAAGGAGAAGUAUGACAAAAUGCGAAAUGAUGUUUCUAUCAAACUGAAGUUCCUGGAAGAAAAUAAGGUAAAAGUUCUGCAUAAUCAACUAGUCCUAUUCCACAAUGCUAUUGCUGGCUAUUUUGCCGGGAACCAGAAGCAGCUUGAACAGACGUUGAAACAGUUCCACGUUAAAUUGAAAACUCCGGGGGUUGAUGCCCCAUCCUGGCUGGAAGAGCAGUAAUCAAAGCACAAGUCUUUGUCUGACCAGGGUCAAUAAAUCUGAUGAGAAGAGGGGGCUGGGAAUAAGCAAACUUUCAUGAUUUAUGUGCAGACCAGUUUCAUUUUCUUUGUAAUACAUUAACAAUCACGUUGUAAACUGCUAAACAAUGCUUUAAUGUAUCAAAACAUCAUUUCUGUAUUUACCAAACAAUUUUUUUCUGUAAAGGGUGUCAGUCUAUUUCUGUAGUUUAAAAAAAAAAUCAAAUAUAGUUUUGCACUGAAAACAAAAACAAAAUAUAUAUAAUUAAAAUAGUUUCUGGCCUAAUACUGGCUGCUUGUUAUAUUUCCAAAGGGUUAUUUACACUAUUUGUACCACUACAAUCUGAUUUUAUAUUGGAAUAUAUUAAACAUCUGAAAGCUACUUCCAUGUAAUUGUGUUUUAAAAAGGUGGAAGUGCUGAUAUUUUGUGAAGUAAUGAUAAAAAAAAGUUGAAAUUGUAAAUAUAAAGUCUUUAUACAGUGACCUCUUCGAUGAGUAUUUAGACUGUCCAUUGGCUUUGCUAUUGCAGCAAAUACUUUUAUACCAUGCAAACAUUUUCAGUGUAGGAAGGCUUCAUAUGUAACAGUACUGCUAAUUUUAGAAGUUAUUUGUUUACUAAAUUAUUUUUUGUUUUAAUUCAGAAUGCAAACUGAAUGUUUAGAAUGAUAAAACCAGCCUUUAUCCCUUGACCAAUUUCCAAUUGAAUAGUUGCAUUCCAUUAUUUAGAGUCACAUGGUAUAUUUGUAAGUGCAUCAUGUUUGUUUGUUUUUUACAAAUGUUUUUUUCUAUAUGAAAAGGAAAUUUAUCAGAUAGGACUGUUAGCACUUUUAGUGCUUCCUCACCUGGUGAUCAGGAUAGGGACCACGGGGUGCAGUGUUCCACUGGUCAGCACUUCUCAGAGUCCUUCAUUUUAAGAAUGGAAUACACUCCAUAUUGUUGGUAACUUGGCUUGGAAUGUGCAUUUGAUAUUUUGUAUCAGCGUGUUGCUGGUUUUAUGGGCAGUUUAACCGAAUGCUAGCAUUUUUUUUCUAAUGGCUAUUAAAUACACUAAGCAAAUCAUAAGCCUUUUUUUUGUAGUUAACUGAUUGGCAAGCCCUUUGAAGCGUACUUGUUAUAAAAGUUUUCUAGAUUAAAUAGUUCUGUUAUUGGGGUUAACUUAUUGAAAAUCAGCUGAAAUGACAGCGCAAGGUUUCUACAACAUAAAGGUUACUCUCUGCAAAUUAAAGUAACAGUUAUAGGGACAUUAUAAACACUUACAAUAUUUUCCAUUACUGAACCUCGAUAACUGUGUGUGGAACCCUUCAGAGGUGAUCAACACACAGAUAAAGUUCCUCUCAGGAGCCGCAAGCAUUGUGGCUCUGAUGCAUUUUCCAUUACUGAACCUAAUGCAGGAAACCGACAGUUAGCCAAUCAGGAGUAGCAGGCACAUGACCCGCCCAUCACUGACCAUGUUCUGCUCAGGAGCUGAAAUACUUGCCCCUCCUGAGCAGGUCUUUCUUGUAUCGGAGCAUACUAAUUAUGCACAGAUAUAUUUAUUUCAUGUGUCAUAACUCAUUUUCCUAGCAACAACUUUUGGUUCAGUCAUGAUUUAAAAACUGUGUUUAUAAAACAUUCUACAGUUAUUGAUAUCUGUAUGUGCAUCUUAACUAUAUACAUAAAAUGACCUCAGAUAUAUUAGGGGGGACUUUGUACCUCUCUCAUGCACCCCAGGAUAUAUAGGGUUUGGAAUCUAUGCAAACAUUACCUACUAAAUGUACAAGUAGCAGCAAAUAUAAAGAAGUGGAAGAUAUCAAAAAUACUGAAUAAAAUGACUUCCUUUUUCUUAUGACAUGGGUUACAGAAAUGCUUCAUUGGUACUUAAUUACUCUGGACUGUGUUGUAUUAAAAGGGAGAUAGAUGGAUUAUGGUAGUAAAUCAGUGCAAGAAAUAGCUGCAGCGUAAUUGCUAAUUGAUUUAAUUUAAAUCUCACUUGUAAUUAAAUUAAUCUGAGAAAUAAUCUGAGGACAGUGUCACUUUUAAACUAUGCUUUUCACUGCUGAGAAGUGUGUUAAUAAAAUGUAUGGCUCAGAGGUUAGGAGCAGGGAGAUGCUCAGCAGAGAUGGAAAAUCUGUAAAGUAUUUGUCUUUUAUAAAGUUGUAGCUUUGUAUGAGAACUUAGAUUUCAAAUAGUGUGAAGCAUCUCUUUUUACAUACAAUAGGACUCCCUUAUUACCCAGCUUCUUGUAAGAUCUGACCUUGACUCUACUUAUCCCCAUAGACUCAUCUUUCACUUUGUGAGCACAGUUACGUCUUUUAAUGUUCAUAUAUGAGGAAAACUCAUUGAAUGUAGGGAACACCAUUUUAAGGCUCUAUGUUACAUUCCCAGUUCUUAUACAUAGUACCAAUUCCUUUUGAAAGAAGGACCAAUGUAUUCAAAAUAAAUAUAUAAAAACCGUAAAUAAAGAGAGGAGAAUGAGAAGAAUGUUGUUACAAUAAAACCUUAUUAACCUUAUUAGCCUUAUUAACAGAGAUGUGCCUUUUACAAGAUGUUGCAGUAAGUACGUUGGGCCUUCCAUGUGCACGGCCAUUACCAUUUAUGUUCCUCUGAAAAAUAUAAAGGAUAUGAAAGGAAAUAAAAAACCUUUUCAUUAAUUUUUUUUAUAAAGAAAAAAAGCAUUGGGUUAGUUUGCGGUGUACUAGGUGACAAUGCUUUUUAUAAUGUCAUUCAACAAUAUCUGUUGUUUGGUCCGUUUAUAGUCAUGUAAUAAUGUUUUAUUAAGUUUCUCUUUUAAUCAAAUGCUUUUGGAUUUCCUGAUUUGUACUUCUCAUUCCUUUGUGUCUUUUUCCCCUCUUCAUUUACUGUUUAAUGAAUUGUAAAGUUAAUACAGUAUUUACUCCAUUAAACUGUGUGAUUUUUGUAUCAUAUGUUUAAUAUAUUAAAUUGCAUUAGUUGACCUGUUUGUUAAAAAGUAUACUGUAUUUGAUACUCUCCUAUUGUUUGGUAUUUAAUAUCCAUCUUCUCAUUUCUUAUCUAUUCUUUUCUGUGAUAAUAGAUUACAGUCAAUAUCCACAAUAUGCAUCUGAUGUGAAUCCUGUAUUCAUAUUAAAGGUGUUUGCUGCAA